AUGGCUUCCCUGGCCGGAAGGGUACACAAGGAGACAUCUGUAUUCCAUUUGAGAGAAGUCCAUGUGAGAGGAGACACUGGUAAUCCGGGUCCACCGGGGCUGUUUGGGCGUCCAGGACCACCAGGACUGGUGGGUCGGCGGGGUCCCAAGGGAGAGAGUGGUAAUCCAGGACUUCCAGGAAUGAGGGGCAUUGAUGGAGCUCCAGGUUCUCCUGGAUACAGAGGAAGACCAGGCAUGAAGGGUGAGCAUGGUAAUCUCAUUCCUGGAAGCCUGACGAAGGGUCGGCGUGGUAGUGACGGCGAUACAGGAAUAAAGGGAACCAAGGGCAUACCUGGUGACUUGGGUGAAGAUGGUCCUAUUGGUGAUCGUGGUUUACCUGGAUCUAUUGGGGAUAGGGGCAUCCAUGGAGAGAGUGGCCUAUAUGGAGAGCGUGGUGAUCGAGGCUCAUCAGGAGUGGCUCAGAAUGGUGAUCCAGGAAUCCCGGGAGUGAAUGGUGUCAAGGGUGAGCCAGGUGAUGUGGGCUCACCAGGCAAACUUAGGCCUGAUAAAAUAUUUCUCCACUGGCCUGUAGGGCCAAAAGGACCCCCAGGUGACAGGGGGGAACCAGGUGUCCGAGGCUUCAAAGGUAAUAAGGGUAAACAAGGACCCAAGGGAGAGAUAGGCUUCUAUGGUAUAUCCUUCCCAGGAUCUCCAGGUCCGAAAGGUUACCGAGGCAUUCCCGGUGACAAUGGACAAUACGGAAGGAAGGGAGAGCAAGGAGACCCUGGCAUUCCAGGAAUUCCUGGACGCCCAGGCAUCAAAGGUGAAGAAGGUGAGGAUGGCAUCAGUGGACUGCUUGGUCCAUCAGGAAUACCAGGUCAACCAGGACGAAAGGGUGAGCCUGGGCUGGAUGGCUAUGCUGGAUCAAAAGGAUACUUUGGUCUGCCUGGUCCGCCUGGCUUCCGAGGAGCCAAGGGAGCUCCAGGAGAAGAAGGAUUUUCUGGCCCAAAGGGUACCAAGGGAGAGGUUGGUGACAGCAUCAAGGGUCGGCCUGGUGUGGCAGGCAUACCUGGGCCUCCAGGCAUCUUUGGUACACCAGGCAGACAAGGUUUACGAGGCAACCCGGGCCUGCCAGGACCCAGAGGUUACAAGGGUUCUCGAGGGGAGCCAGGGUUUGCUGGCUUGAUAGGAAUCAGAGGAGACAAAGGCCAGAGUGGUUUCCGUGGAGGCCAAGGUCUGCCAGGAAGGAACGGAAUUAUUGGCGUUAAGGGAGAGGCUGGCUUGAUGGGUGUUCCAGGCAUUCCUGGUGAGAGAGGUGUUGAUGGUGUGCCAGGUCGUCCUGGCUCCAAGGGAGAGAUUGGAGACAGAGGACUAUUUGGUGAGAGAGGCUUCCCAGGCAUUCCUGGAACCAAAGGUCUGAAAGGAUUCAUGGGGGAACGAGGAUAUCGAGGACCUCCGGGUUUGAAUGGCACCUUUAGUGGCCAUGGGGAAACUGGAGACAUAGGACUGCCUGGUCUUGAUGGUCCUCUGGGUCCACCUGGACCAAGAGGAUCACGGGGACCACCAGGACUGCCAGGAAUUAACUAUCAGGGAGCCAAAGGACGUCUUGGCCUCAUUGGUCGUAAUGGCAUCACAGGGAAACAGGGCUUACCAGGACUCAAGGGAAAAUCUGGCCGGCCUGGUAUCCCUGGAGAGAUGGGUGAACCAGGUGAGAUUGGUCCUCCAGGAACCAACGGAAGGCCUCCAGGUAUAACGGGCAUACAAGGAUCUAAAGGUACCCGUGGUAUCCCUGGCAGACCUGGUUUAAAAGGUCUUCCAGGUGAUCCAGGCUUCCCAGGCCUUAAUGGAAGGUAUGGUCAGAAGGGUGCCAGGGGCCUGCCAGGAGAUCGUGGCCUGCCAGGUAUCACUCAGGGUGUAGAGCCUGCUGAGCUUGGCGAGCCUGGCCUACAGGGACCACGUGGUAUCCGAGGAAGGGAUGGCUUGCCAGGCUUGCCAGGUAUCAAGGGUCUGGCAGGUAACCCAGGCCAGGCAGGCUACCCUGGGCAGCCAGGACAACCAGGGCAGCGAGGUGAUGUGGGUGACAUGGGAUUUGAGGGCCCUGAAGGGACCCCCAGUGAGAAAGGUGAACGUGGUGAACAAGGCAGAGAGGGAUGGCCAGGUAGGUUUGGCCGGCCAGGAGUUCCAGGGCAGAAAGGUCAGCCUGGCAACUUUGGCACUGAUGGUCCACGAGGAGCUAAAGGAUUCCCUGGAGAGGCUCUGCCAGGUCGGCCAGGUGCACCUGGAGAUCAAGGAUUGAGUGGUUCUCCAGGAAGGAAUGGACUGCCAGGUUUGAAUGGGCCAGCUGGCCAAAUUGGACAGAAGAGCUUCGAGAGGGGUCCUCCAGGUUUCCAGGGCAGACCAGGAGUUGUGGGGUCAAAAGGUGAGCAGGGUGAACAAGGAAUUCCAGGCCUCACACAACCCCCAGGCCAGCCAGGUCUUCCUGGAGAUCCAGGUUUCCAAGGACUCCCAGGUCUGCCAGGAAGAAGAGGUGAUGUAGGCAUCAGUGGAUUCCCAGGGCUGCAGGGAAGACCUGGAAGUUUUGGUGCCAAGGGCCAGCAAGGAGACCCAGGACUUGAAGGCCAAGCAGGAAUUCCUGGUACUCCUGGGGAGAGAGGCGACCGUGGUGAUAUUGGUAACAUUGGCACCUCCGGCUUCAUGGGCAAGCCUGGACGUGAUGGUGGAAAAGGCAGCAUGGGUGCAAUUGGUGACAGUGGACGGCGUGGUCUACCAGGACUGCCAGGUGACAGGGGUCCCUAUGGAGAGUCAGGCGAGAAUGGUUUGCCAGGACUCCCGGGCCUACCAGGACCUCAUGGUGAUGCGGGUGAACCAGCUCCACCAGGUCCUCCCCCGCGGCCAAGAGGUUACCUCAUCACCCGCCACUCCCAAGAGGUGAACACCCCAUACUGUCCUGAGGGCACCACCACCAUGUGGGAUGGCUACUCCCUCUUACAUGUGAUGGGUAACCAUCGUGCACAUGGACAGGAUCUGGGUGCUUCAGGAAGUUGCCUCCGAAAGUUCAGUACAAUGCCGUAUCUCUUUUGUAAUCUGAACAACGUGUGCGACUUUGCCCAGAGGAAUGACUAUUCGUACUGGCUGUCCACCACUGAACCUAUGCCCAUGAUGAUGACGCCCAUUGAAGGACCUGACAUUGAGAAAUACAUUUCCAAGUGUGUGGUGUGUGAGGCGCCCUCUUUAGUCAUUGCAGUCCACAGCCAGACGCUUGACAUUCCGGACUGUCCUCAGGGCUGGGAUUCCCUUUGGAUUGGAUACUCAUUCAUCAUGCACACAGAUUCGGGAGCAGAAGGAUCUGGCCAGUCUCUUAUCUCUCCUGGAUCAUGCCUUGAGGACUUCCGUUCUAACCCAUUCAUUGAGUGCACAGGUCACGGCCGCUGCAACCUCUUCCCCUCUGCUUUCUCUUAUUGGCUGGCUACCAUCGAGCUGGAGCAACAAUUCCAAAAGCCUCGUCAACAGACACUCAAGGCCGGAAACCUGAAGUCACGAGUGAGUCGCUGCAACACCUGCAUGAAGCGGCGGAGAGGUUCCAUCCUUCCCCCACCAGUCACCCCCCCACCCAAUUACAGGACAGAUGGGUAUCGUCCUCGUCCUGACCCCUAUCCUGAUCGUAGUCCCUUUCCCUUCCCCAAUGUAGGUGAUCGCCGAGACGACUACUUUAGAGGUUAAGUUAUUGUAUAAAUUAUAGUAACACAGACUCACCUUAAUGGUUAAGUUGAAAAUUAAUUACUGAAUGCUGCAUGUUUAUAGCAGCAUUGUGCAUAUGUGCAGUACUGAGAGUAUGUGCAAAGUCCUGUUCAUUGUGGUCUUAAUAAGUGUCUCGCUGUUUGGCAAGAUUUUAGUCAUUAUGCUAGUGAUAUAAUCUUAUUGGUUAUCAUAAUUCAUAAUUAAUGUACUAUUUUGCUUUGACCAUAAUUGUUGCAAAGUUUUGCAAAUGCCUAUUUAUACUUAUAGCACAGUAAAAUUAGGUAGAUCUUUGGCCUUGAAAUUUAGUAAAAAUAGUCUGUUACAUCAGUUCAGAGUGUAAAGUUUAUCCUGCCACUCCCACCUCCAGCUCCACCUGGUACUCAGUGUAGCACAGAAAGGUGCUGGUAGGACAACAUGCCAAGUAUUAUAUGUCAAGGUACUUCUUAUCUCUUAAGUUAUAGUUUCUAUUCACUGCCAUAUUGUAUAUGAUACCAGUGUAAAUGUGUUUACUUUUCUACCUUUAAGAGAGAAAAUAUUGUAUAUAGUCAGAUUAUUAAGUAGUAACCACAAAUUUUGUAACUUCAUUACCUAUUAUUUUUCAUAUGAAGAAGAGGAAAAAUUCUUAGAAAAUAAAUAAUUUCAGAAAC